UCCGUCAACCGGCAGACGAUACGGCGGCGGCCCACGAUGAUGCGGGAGAAGGCGGGCCGGCGUCAGGCGGUGCGGGGCCCCGCGUACAUGUUCAGCGAGCGGGCCACGAACCUCACGGCCGAGGAGGAGCGCUUCCUCGACGCGGCCGAGUACGGCAACAUCCCCGUGGUGCGCCGUAUGCUGGAGGAUUGCGGCGCUGGCCGCUCGCUCAACGUCAACUGCGUGGACUACAUGGGCCAGAACGCCAUGCAGCUCGCCGUGGGCAACGAGCACCUCGAGGUGGCCGAGCUGCUGCUCAAGCGCGACAAGCUGUCGCGGGUCGGCGACGCACUCAUGCUCGCCAUCAGCAAGGGCUACGUGCGGAUUGUGGAGACCAUCCUCGCCCACCCGGCCUUCGCCGGUGAGAAGCGCCUCAUCCUGAGCCCCCGGGAGCAGGAGACGCAGGACGACGACUUCUACGCCUACGACGAAGAUGGCACACGCUUCUCUCCCGACAUCACCCCCAUCAUCCUUGCAGCGCACUGCCAGGAGUACGAGAUCGUGCACAUCUUGCUGCGCAGGGGGGCGCGCAUCGAGCGGCCGCACGACUACUUCUGCAAGUGCGGCGAGUGUACCGAGAAGCAGCGGCACGAUGCCUUUUGCCACUCGCGCUCGCGCAUCAACGCGUACCGCGGCCUCGCCAGCCCCGCGUACCUGUCGCUGUCCAGCGAGGACCCCGUGCUCACUGCCCUCGAACUCAGCAAUGAGCUCGCCAUGCUGGCCAACAUCGAGAAGGAGUUCAAGAACGACUACAAGAAGCUGUCGGUGCAGUGCAAAGACUUCGUGGUGGGGCUGCUCGACCUGUGCCGCGACACGGAGGAGGUGGAGGCGAUCCUCAACGGCGACGCGGAGCUCAACCCGCCAGCCUGCGACCGCCAGCGAGCAGCCCUCAUCCGCCUCAAGCUCGCCAUCAAGUACGAGGUCAAGAAGUUUGUGGCUCACCCCAACUGCCAGCAGCAGCUGCUGUCCAUCUGGUACGAGAACAUCUCGGGCCUGAGGCAGCAGUCCAACGGCAUCAAAUUCCUCGUGGUGCUCUCCGUGGCCAUGUCACUGCCCAUCCUCGCGCUCGCCUACUGGAUCUCACCUUGUAGCCAGAUCGGGAAGGUGCUGCGGAGCCCGUUCAUGAAGUUCGUGGCGCACGCCGCCUCCUUCACCAUCUUCCUGGCGCUGCUGGUGCUCAACGCCUCCGACCGCUUCGAGGGCGUCAAGCUGCUGCCCAACGAGACGGAGACCGACCACCCGCAGCAGCUCUUCCGCAUCAAGACGACGUCCUUCACCUGGACGGAGCUGCUCAUCAUCGCGUGGAUCAUCGGAAUGAUCUGGGCCGAGUGCAAGGAGCUGUGGGCCGAGGGGCUCAAGGAGUACCUCUUCCAGCUGUGGAACGUCCUCGACUUCGGUAUGCUCUCCAUCUUCGUGGCGUCGUUCACGGCGCGCCUCUUCGCCUUCCUCAAGGCCUCCGAGGCGCAGCGCUUCGUCGACUCGGAGGGCUUCCCCAACGUCUCCAACGCGACGCUGCCCGAGCACAUCCGCUACUUCAACCUGGCUCGGAGCCACUGGCUCCCCUCGGACCCUCAGAUCAUCUCCGAGGGCCUCUACUCCAUCGCCAUUGUGCUGAGCUUCUCGCGCAUCGCCUACAUCCUGCCGGCCAACGAGAGCUUUGGGCCCCUUCAGAUCUCCCUGGGCCAGACGGUGAAGGACAUCUUCAAGUUCAUGGUCAUCUUCAUCAUGGUCUUCCUGGCCUUCAUGAUCGGCAUGUUCAACCUAUACUCAUACUACCGGGGCGCCAAGGUCAACCGCGCCUUUGUCACAGUUGAGGAAAGCUUCAAGACCCUCUUCUGGUCGAUCUUCGGCCUCUCCGAGGUGGCUUCGGUCGUCAUCAACUACAACCACAAGUUCAUCGAGAACAUCGGCUACAUCCUCUACGGGGUCUACAACGUCACCAUGGUGGUGGUGCUGCUCAACAUGCUCAUCGCCAUGAUCAACAGCUCCUACCAGGAGAUCGAGGACGAUUCGGACGUGGAGUGGAAGUUCGCUCGCGCCAAGCUCUGGAUCUCGUACUUCGAGCAGGGCCGCACGUUGCCCGUGCCCUUCAACCUCGUGCCCAGCCCCAAGUCGGCCGUGCAGCUUCUGUUGGCAGCGGUGCGCGCCCUCGGCCGCCUGUGCCGCUGGCGCGAGCACAAGGGCAAGCUGGACGUGGAGAUGGACAUGCUGGACGUCAAGGCCAAGGACCUGUAUAGCCUGAGGAGCAACAUGAACCGAAGCAUGAACAGCAUAGGUCAGCAUCCCACCCGCUACCAGCAAAUCAUGAAACGGCUCAUCAAGAGGUACGUCUUGAAAGCCCAGUUCGACAAGGAGAACGACGAGGUCAACGAAGGAGAGCUCAAGGACAUCAAGCAGGACAUCUCUAGCCUGCGCUAUGAGCUCCUGGAGGAAAAGUCCCAGAAUGCCGAGGACCUCGCCGCCAUUAUCCAGCAGCUCAGUGAAAAGUUCAACCUGGAGAUCCCACAGCCGUCCGACAACGACGAGAUGGACUUGGAGGAGAAAGACGUCAGGUUAUAGCCCUUGGAGCUGUGGGUUCGUGGGGGAGGAGGUGGUGAAAGUCUCUCACUUAGGGCGGUGUGCGUGUGAUUGACGUACAACGACAGAGGACGCGGGUGGGGGGGGGGGGGUCAGCGGCGACCUUAUCGUUGCUUGUGUGAAGCGGGCCACACUGAGCAGUCGUAAGGAGCCUAAAAGUAAAACGGGACGAGGACAACGCUGCUUGCGCGUGCAAAACGUUUGCGUUUUCCAUUCGAAAACGACGCCCCUCCCGCCCCCCCCCCCCCAUCGUGUUUCCCGGUGUAAACGAAACAAAGAGAACAUAUACGUCGUAGCCUGAUUACCACAUCCGGUUGGCCAUUUUUCUGCGUGAAAUUACCAAAGCAGGCCGUCUGCUGUAAUGUGGACGUUAAACAACAACAAAAAGACAGGGGUGAUCGUUCAUAAGGACGGGCUAUUUGUGUGCUCAUGCAUUAAGCCCAAAUCCCAAAUGUGAGAGUUAUAAGAAAUUAAAUUAUAUACAGUCGUCCCUCAGUUAACAGUGACAUCGGUUAACGUUUUUUUGCGGUGAACGUUUCGCUUCCCACAGAGAACCCCCGUGGUUUGAACUGACGUUAACACUUUUAUGUAACGGUAACGUGUUUAUGUUGUGCACGCCAAUUUUUGCCAAUUCCAGCGCUCCUAAGUUAGGGCUGAGCCAUGCCCUCAGCCAAUUAGCAACUCUCAUUUGCAAGCGUUUAGACCUCGAAUGGCUUUAUGCUUAACAUGUUUUCUAUUUUUAUCAGUGGAAACACUAUUUUGGCAGUGGAAACACUUAUAAUUGAAUUCGAUUAACAGUCAUUUCGGUGAACAGUAGUUUCUGUGGAACGGAUUAAAAACGUUAACCAAGGGACUACUGUGUAUAUAUAUUUCUUCAGCAUUAUUAAAAUUGCUAAGUUCCCUCUUGCAAUGGGCUGUCACCAGAUGAAAGUACCAAUUGGUUCCAUUUAACAUUGGAGCAGUUUCUUUGUCCCAUAUUUAAGAUGCCUUUGUGCCAGCAGACCUGCAUUGGCUUCAUGCGUCCCAGCUCCCACAGUGCCCCACUCCUGAAUAUAGCAGUCGUGCUAGCGUGAGAUAUUAUUUUGACCACGUUGAAUUUGGACCCAGAUUAGUAUACGGUAGAUUAUUUGAAACCCGAUGGGUGCACGUGCAAUUUCAUACCGACCUCCCAGUGCACCUCUCGUUUUGAUCUGGCUGUCCCAUAUCUUAUUACAGACCAAUUCAGACCUUAUUGGUCACCCCGUGCCCUUAUGAUUGUCGACGUUCAUCCUACAAAGUCCCACCACAAGGGAGAAACACAAAUAAAUAGACAAAAACAUACUUUCAUUCAAUUUCCUUGUACAAGAAUACGGGUAAACCGUAUGGGUUGACAUGAAUGCUGUCCUGUCAUGCUGGCUUCCAUAAUGCACUUGCGCGCUGUUAUCUUGGACAAAUUUAAAAGCUGUGUGAGUCACAUGAAUGCCACUUUCAAUUCCUCCCCCCCUGUGAAUGAAGCUUAUAAAACUCAAAACAGACAGCCCGGCGCAUACAUCCUGUGUGCUCCUAUUAAAAUAAUAGCUUCUGGUUUCGGAGGUUUUAUUUGUAACCAUGGUAGAGACCCCCUCUCUCCAUUUAGAAAUGACGGGCCAACUCAUUUUCACAAUUGAUUCUAAGACUAGUGGCUCUGAGUAAGAGUUGUUAAUAUGCCCAUUCUCGUCCACCUUAGCUGAGUAGGGAUGGGUUUUGGAUAUAAAAAUUCAAUAUUUUUUGAUCAUUUCCAUUUUGUAAUAGUGGAAACCGUGCUUGAGCGAAACGAAAGCGGCAUCACGUGGCAUUGUUGCCACUUUUAGCGGGGACAAAGGGGAAGUGACAUACUGUUAAGACGUCAUUUCCUGUGGCAUCAUACUUUCAGAUGAAUCCGAAAGAAAAAUGGACCACCCUAAAUUUUGCAUCUCGGCCUGAUUUCCAGAUUGGUAUUUUGAGGAUUAAACUAAAUUGGAAGCAUAUCCCUACUUCUAAGUUACUUCUGCAGGGAAUUACCAAAGUACACGGUCUGCUGAAAGGUGGACAUUAAAGACCCAACAAAACAUUGUCUGCAAGAGUGUGUGCCAGCGUUGGAUAACUUAAACGGCGGAGAAUCCAAACAAAUUAUAAAAUUCCCAAACAACGGAUGUCGUACUAUACUUUUACUGUGCCUAUGUAAAUAUGAAAAUUAGACAUCUUUUGCAAAAUAUAUAUUGUGAAUCUCUUUGGUCAGUCACAUCCAGAUUAUAUUAUUGACAUUCGCCCAUUAUUACUUAUUUUAGUUUGUAUCCACCAUCACAGAGUAGUCGUAGUGUAACUCUAGGGAAGCACACUGGUCGUGUUCUUCUCUUAGAGGUUAUUGGCACAAAAUCAAACGAUCAAACGAUGUAUUUAAAUGGUUUUCUAUUAAAUGAGUACGCGUUAGUUGAAAGUAAGAUGUGUGUAUAUAUACGACAGUAUUUUUAUGCCAAAAAAAGACAAACGUUCUAAGCAAUUCAAUGGGGUUGUUGUUUUGUUAUUCCACCAUUCAACACAUUAUUUAAGUUGGUGUUUACACUGUAUUUUGUCUCUGGGCCCCCUCAAAGAUCUUUGGGGUUCGUGUUAAACGGAUAACUCAUCAAAAUAAGUGGGCAUUCAUAAUGAUUGAUGGAAACCUAGCUGAUGACAGCAUUUCCUCAAACAAUAAGGGGUUGUUCCCCCCUCCCCCCUCAAAUCCCAGCUUCUGGCCCACAUGCACACACAAGCUACCAUCAACUUUGGAGCCAAUUCACAAGGUUGAUGCGUGAGGACUUGCAAUCUCAGAGUCCGCCGGUUCGAUCUCCUGGCAUGACAAGUUUCUCGUAUCAACCCAACCUCUGUCCGCCCAGCAGCACAAACAAGUACAACCCACAGUUGAUCAGCAGGCAGGCCGUGCGUGCUGGGGUGGAGUGUCGUUUUCCUUUGCGGUGGCAUGUGCUGUGACUUCUCCCAGAAUUUGCACGCUGUGUGUGCAUGUGAGCACAGAUCCGUGAGUCUCCAUCCAUACGACCACCUCUGUCUGUUCUGUAAGACACGGAGCCAUCACUCGCACAGUAUUUAAUCGCCAAUUGAGAAGAAAGGGGCGUUCAAAAUCAAUGUGUGUACGUAUGUUGAAUUUCUUUCGCACCGUACAUAGCCAACCGUGCUUAUCGGAGGUGUGGGGGAAGGACAACAAACUAAACAUGAAAAGUAGUUCUAAAGAAAUUGUUUCAAUCUAGAUUAUUUAAACGUGCGUAGCUCCAGUGGCUUCCUCAUAUCGGAAUGAAGAGCGUUCCAGACGACCGCAGAAGCGCAUCUGAAAACGCGCGAUGCAGUGACCAUCUUUGUUCGAUGCCCAGCCAGAAGCUGCCGCGAUGAUGACCUUGACGAGAUCAGCAAGAUAGAUAUUAAAUCAAAGGGGUAUGUUAAAACAGAUCGCGCUUACCUUUGCAUUCCCCCUGAAUGUAGACUACGCAUCGUUAAAAAUAUGUACAAUUUCUAACGUGUCGUCAUUAAAAUUGUUAAUGUGCAUAAUUGCCUGAAUUAUUAUGAUGCGGUUAGAGCCAAAAUUAAAUGUUUAAGUCACUAGAUGCCUCUUUAGUCGCACGAAUCAGGGUACCGUAAGAGAAUAUUUUUGACCCAGCAACAACGCGUUUACUAAUUUUCGCACACACAAAGUCACUUCUGCCAUUGGCGAGGGUAUCUUGCAGUGACAAGUGACUUGGAAUAGGUGGACAUGGAAGAGGUUCCCUGGCCCCUCCAUUAAACAUUUGGUGUUUACUUUCUGACCCAAUUAAUUCAGUUCAUUACCUCGAAUGUGAUGAGGAAAAGAGGAACGUCUCUGGCCUGGACUUGUACAGGGGCAGGGAGUCGACAGCGCUGAUGGAUGGCGGAGGGACGUUCCAGAUUACGGGGACAACAGAGGAGAAAAAGCGACAAUCACUGACCAGAGUUCGACUGAGGCUUCGAUAAAAUGCCAUGAAUACCGGAGGAGAGUGAAUGUGGUUUGGAAUGACUCUUAAUUGUAAUCAAAGUAGUCAAAUAAUUAACUCUCAUGGUGGAGCGAUAGCUUAGUGGUUGUUGUGUUUCCAGGCCACAGGUAACAUCAGUGGCGAGUGCCAUCCAAACCGGUCCUUGGCACUUUCCUUUACCGACCUUCACUCACCACAAUGGUGAAGAAUGAUCGUACAACCCCCACAUACUGGCACGGUAUGAGGAGGCCUAAAUUCAACAGUUGAUUAACUUGGGAGCUGUAAACUAUAAUUGUAAUGGUAUAAGAAUUAAAGGGUUUGCUUUUAGCAUGGGUAUUGGACAUGCAGCACUGACUUAAAAAAAUGUAAGCUCACGAUAUACAAUGCGUCUCCUUGUGCAAGAAUUAUUUUUAACUCGCAUAGCCCGUGUGCAGCCACUGCAGGUGCAUUCAACGCGAUGUUAUGAAAAUGAGAGCAUUUCAUCAUUUGUGACCCAAAAUCGUGAGAAUUCCUCGAAUCCGAGGAGGAGUAAAAUCAUUCCAUGUAGAACUGGGCUAUCCAUUUGAUCGCUCGACUCAUUGGAUAAAACAAAAAUAAAAACUGUCAUUGCACGAAGAGGUCCGAUCUCAGUUGCACUUGUGCCGCUGGGUGGGAGGUGAUGGACUGGGCAUCGUGACGUCAUCAGUAUCAUCAACGUCACGCUGGGCGUGGCUUAAAGGGGGUUUCCAGCCUUGGAGAGGAGUACUAUCAAAUGGGCCCGAGUAAUCGACCGCGCAACAGUAGUCGAUCGCAAUUCGCAUCCAAUGAAUCCAUAUAAUCAAAUAGUCGCCAGUUCUAACUCCAUGGCAAGAAUGCACGUGACAAUCCACCUCCCAGUUUGAUGGAUUUACAUGAUUCUGCGUCACAAUGUCGACCACAAUUCAAUUGUUGUGAAUAGUUUUUUUUCGUCUCCUUUGAAUUGUGUCGAAUGUUUUUUUGUCUCGUUUUGUCUCGUUCCUUCAAUAAGCCAAAAGGAUAACAUUUGCAGAAACCGUACAGUAAUUUGCAUACACUGUCAUUUGCUCAAAUCACGAUUCUUACACGCGCGAUUCGAUGCAAUUAUCGUGAGUGUGAGAAUUGAUUUUUGAUUGAUGGAUCAUGACAUGCCUAGGAUGCUGCCGUAAUGCAAUGGCUAAGCAGAUUGGACUUGCAAUCCAGGGACCCACCGGCAUGAUUCCAUUUUGUGGCCCGACCGGAGAAACAACGGGGCCAGUUACUUAAGAUACCACCACCUCUGUGCACCCAGUAGUAUACAGUUACAUGAGUGUAGUGAAAACGUGGGGUUUCCCAUACGUCUUUUCUAAAAUGCCUGGACAGGGUGGAAGAGUAGGCCCAUUACCCUCGAGAGCAGUGGUUCUUCACCUGGGGUGCACGCUGGCACCCCCUGGCGGUGAGAGAUGCCCUUCAUGAGGGUAGCGAAACAUGGUCAGAUUUGUUUUUUAGAAGGUAAAUCAUCGCAACGUAAACUAAACACGGGCACGUAAGUAACAACUACUUUAUUUCAUCAAACCUACGUAUUUAUUAACAUUAAUGUUUCACGAUUGAGAACCAAAGCGGCGCAAGGCUGCAGUAAAGGUUACGCACCACUGCCCAAGAGGGUAUCUCUGAGAGCUCCCUGUAGUAAAGGCCGUUCGGCAAGCAUUGGGGUUAAGAGCUGCCCGUAGUUAAAGCCGUUCGGCAAGCAUGGGCGUUUAGCACCCUAACUUGGCCUAACACUUGAUGGUAACACUUGAUGUUAAGCCACGUUGGAUUGCUUGGUGGAUUGUUCGUUGCCACUAAUUAAUCGUUGCAAUUGGUUUUGUUGUUUACCGUAGCAAAAUGCCCGAUUCUCAAACGAAAGGUUGUGAGUUCAAUUGCCGGUCUGGAACGGUCGAUCCUACAGUGCGGACUGGUUCCCACAAUAGAAAUGUCGAGUUGACACCGCUAGUUCAGAGCCACCAACAGGGAUGAGCCUCAUGUAUCACUUGCUUAAGCAUAGGGCACUUUUGACUUUGAAUUUAUGUAAUCAUCAAAUAGUUAUUGUCAGUUUUACAUUGAACAAAGGUUCCCCAGUUCCGUUGUUACGUGUAGGUUUAGCAUUGUAUAAUUAUCAUAGUCGCCAAAUGAAAUGAAAUGUCUUAUAUUUUGUAUUACAGUAUUAUAUGCGAAUAAAAUAUAAACAAUGUCUCAGUAGCCUUUAAUUGACAUUUUCAUGUAUGCUGUUGAACUUCUUUCGCACCGUACGUAGCCAACCAUGCUAAUCGGAGGUGCAGUGUUGAGUCAAUCGGUAG